UGGAGCAGAGGCACUUGAAAGCUAAACGCGUCUGUAACUCGGUCGGGAGAGCGCGCGCUGUGCGGUACGGUGGUGAUGCACGAGCUUCACGCGCAGUACGGACAUUACAUAUAAAGUCCAGCACCAUAUUUAUUCUCAAGCAGAAAUGACCUGUGUUCAAAGCCAACAUGGAGUCCAGCCUUAUGAGAGCAUGUUCUUCAGCUCAGAGCUUAUGAACCCUGACUUCACCUCCAGGUUGGCCAUGGACGUGAGCGAACAGCGGGAGCAACUCUCCACAUCCUCUCUGCCGAGCAUCACCUCUCUGGUUGGACACUACGGGGGAGAAUUUGAUACCUACUCCUGUCAGCUUGCCACUGCGACUGCCACUGCCUCGACCUGUGCUGGCGCCACAUCAAGUCAGGACUCCUUCAAGCUGGACAACCUCUCGGUUUAUGGCUGCUACCCUGGUACGUUCACCUUGAGCUACAUGGAUGAUGCCAUGUCUACGUCUGGUGCCUCGAACUGUUUCGGCAGCCCCGUCUCAGCAUCUUCACCCUCCACUCCAGGGUUCCAAUCAGUGCCUUCCUGGGAUGGAGCAUAUGGGUCCUGCUCCCCGGAAGCAGGCUGCUGGGGUUUGGAGAAGACGCCCCUUCCUCAGGCUCCUUCCUUUUUCACUUUUGGACCUAUGUCAGGAGAGGACAUGUCCCCUCUGGGGCAGCUGCAGCAACAUCAGCUUCCUGAUCAGGAUCCCUUUUCUCGGAGCCAUCAGAACAGCUUCAGUCCUCUCAGGCUGGAUCACAGCAGCAGGGACAGUUCGGUCCUGCUGGACAAUCAGCUGUCUCCCAAAAUCAAGAGUCCAACAGGAAACGAAGGGUGCUGUGCGGUGUGUGGGGACAACGCCUCCUGCCAGCACUAUGGAGUGCGCACCUGUGAGGGCUGCAAGGGCUUCUUUAAGCGUACAGUGCAGAAAAAUGCUAAGUACGUAUGCCUCGCCAACAAAGACUGUCCAGUGGACAAACGGCGGCGGAACAGGUGCCAGUUCUGUCGCUUUCAGAAGUGCCUGGCAGUCGGAAUGGUGAAAGAAGUUGUGAGAACAGACAGCUUAAAGGGCAGAAGGGGUCGUUUACCCUCGAAACCAAAACCGGUCACAGAAUCCGUGUCUGCUUCGCCUUCUGGGAAUAUCAUCAACUCUCUUGUGAAUGCUCACAUAGACUCGAACCCGGCCAUCACAAAACUGGACUACUCGAAGUAUCAGCAGACAGUGACUAGCAUGUCUGAAAAGGAGGACGCCAGUGACAUCCAGCAGUUUUACGACCUGCUGACCGGGUCCAUUAGCGUGAUCAGGAAGUGGGCUGAAAGCAUCCCGGGAUUCACCGCCUUCUCUAAGGAAGACCAGGACUUGCUGUUCGAAUCAGCCUUUGUCGAGCUCUUCAUAUUACGACUAGCUUACAGAUCAGACCCAGAGACGGACAAGCUGAUCUUUUGCAACGGUGUGGUUCUGCACCGCACGCAGUGUGUGCGGGGAUUUGGCGAGUGGAUCGAUUCCAUCAUAGAGUUCUCACAGGGUUUACAGCGUCUGAACCUGGACCUGGCGUCGUUCUGCUGCCUCGCCACGCUCGUCAUCAUAACCGAUCGACAUGGCCUGAAGGAGUCCAAGAGGGUAGAGGAUUUCCAGACCCAUCUGAUCGCGUGCCUCAAAGACCAUAUUGCCACGAGUGUCUCCGAAGAGGCACGUCCAAACUACCUGUCCCGGCUGCUGGGUAAACUGACCGAGCUCAAAACACUGUAUACUCAAGGCUUUCAUCGCAUCUUCUACCUUAAACUUGAACAUUUCAUCCCACCUCCUCCGAUUGUGGACAAGAUCUUAAUGGACACAUGGCCUUUCGGUAUCUGACCCGGCGGCGCUAUUUAUAGACACGAUUUUUAACAGACUCGGAUUAGAUGUGAACAAAAGCACAGCAGAGCAGAAAAGGGAUUCGGAAGCACUUGUCUAAGCCUGGCAGCUCUGUAUUCUUUUAAGGCGUACGACUAUGAUCUUCUCAACGGGAGUCCGAAAGACGUUCAGUGAACAUUCUGGAAAAUCUUGCAGGAAACAAAUUUCUUUUAAAAAGCCUCACCAAGUCUCAGUAUGUUUCCUUAACCCCAUAUUUUGUUUCAGACUUUUGGAAUUGUGGCUUUUUUUGGUGAACUUAAAACAACAAAAAUCAGUGAUUUUGUGCUUCUUGAUAACUGAACAUGAUAAAUGAUACAUGGUGUGUGUGUGUGUGUGUGUGUGUGUGUGUGUGUGUGUGUGUGUGUGUGUGUGCGCACGUGUGUGAAAGGAAUCAAAUCCUCUCACUGAAACAGUAUUAGAGCGCUAGAACGUACACGAUACGAUGAUACUGAUGUCAGCAACAUCCAGAGAACUCAAUGGUGCUUUAAAUACACACUUGUGGUUUAGGUUAAAGAAAAAAACAAGAAAAAGGCCAUGGACCAAAACUAAUACUGUUUACUUAGUUGCACAAUAUGACUAAACAUGUCCUUAUAUAUACAUACAUAUAUAUAUAAAUACAUAUAUAUAUAUAUAUAUAGAGAGAGAGAGAGAGAUUAACACCUGAGACUUAAAUUCAUUAGGAGCCCAGAAUGAAUGUGAAUAUGAUCGAAACCUUCUGUUCGAGUCGGAUUUAACUGCCACGUGCUCUUCUGAAAAACACAACAUGCCUUCUAGAAAUUUCUUUAUUCAAUGUACAACUGAAGUUUACUCUUUAUUCGGAUACCUGUUUUUUUUGGGGGGGGGAUUUUUUUGGCGGUUUUGGAUCUCUAAUGACGACGAUGACGAUGAUACAUUUCCAUCAAAACAUUUCUAAAUUUGUCCAGUGAUUGUUCUGGGGUUUUUUUUAAGCCUUUGAACUCUUAGUAUUAUCACAGAUUGAAGAAUUUGUUUAGUUUGACAGCCAGACUUUAGCUUAUACAUAUUUGUAUGUACUGUUUGUAUAGAGAUGGCUUGAUAUGCUCUAUAUUUUUGUCUUUAUACUGGCAUAGUGAAAUUGUCUGGGCAUUAUGGUGUUUUUUUAUAUAAUAUUUUUGAUAUUCUUAGAUAUUUGCUGUCUUUCAUGACUAAUGUUGUUCAGAACUAUACAUUAAAAUGAUGAACGAUCAA